AGGUUUUACAGCUCCCAGGCUCCGGAUCAAGCCAACGGGCUCCUGCACAAAGUGUCCCCAGGCUCGAUCGUCAAUGGACAUAACCACUCCACGAUGGCUACCCCAGCCUCAGAUCCCGCAUUGGUGGCUCUUGCACAGUUAGGGACCUAUCGCCUUGGGUGUAGUAUCGCCUUUGUUUCGCUGGUCGAUAACUCAGAGACGUAUAUUAUCGCCGAAGCCAUGCCGUCGGGCUCACGCUGCGGGAACAAGACAUCCGUGAACGGUAAUACGAUAGGUAUGAGCACUCUAGGUCUGGGAAAGAAUGCAGUUCAAGGCACCCGUUCUUCGAACAUCAUCAGUGAUGGCCUCAGUACCAUUAUUCGUGAUGUUAGUAUGGAAACAAAUCUGGCGUCCCAUCCUUUCGUGGAACGAUUUCGGCCCAGGCUAUACGCGGAGGUUCCAUUGACUGCAUCCUGUGGAGAAGUAAUUGGGACAUAUUGUGUUGUGAACAACAAGCCUUGCCAUCAUUUUGGUGCAGGUGAAUUGGCAGAACUGCAAGAUGUUGCCAACGCUGUUGCGAGCCACCUUGAGAAUGUCGGGGCAAUACGGCGUUAUCGCCAAAACGACCGCUUGCUAGAUGGGCUCAUGAAGAAAAGCUCUGAUGAAACAAGCAACCUCGUUAUGGUGCCUGAAAGCACUCCCAUCUCUGAUAAAGCUUCCAUGCUCUUUUCUCGUGCAAGUGGGCUACUGCAGGAAUGUAUGGAUUUAGAUGGGGUUCUCUUUGUCGACGCGUCGCGCAGCAACACUCGAGGUGAAUCGACCGCCAGUGUUGGAGAGUGGGAUAAGGAGAGUGACUCCGGGUUUUCUCUCCGCUCACCUAGUGUAUCGUCCUAUGGUGGCUGGUCUGAAAAGCAGUGUGAACCUCUUGGGGUAGCCUCGUCUGAGCGUGCCCUGGGAAACACCGCCAGCAUGUUUAGAAUUCCUUUAACAGAAGGUCUGCUACAUGACAUGUUCACUGCCUUUCCGCAAGGCGAAAUAAUUCACCCACAUCUGGCUUCCGGCUGGCCAGCGUUGAGUUCGUUGCAUCAACGCAGGCAAAGUAUACAAAGCAACCAGGGUGAAAUCCCUUUGCGGCACUCUAUCAGCACCCGAUUAGCACACAAUUAUCCGGAGGCCAAGUCUAUGAUAUUUCUUCCGUUGUGGAACUGGAACAAAUCACGCUGGCUUGCAGGAUCACUUGUUUGGACCUGCGAUGACCAGCGGCAGCUCGGCAAGGAUGAUCUGCACUUUCUCAGGUCCUUCGGGGAUACAAUCGUUUCUGGGUUCUGCCAGAUAGAGUGGACGGCUACAGAGAAGUCAAAGUCAGAUUUACUGGCAUCAGUUAGUCAUGAGCUUCGCUCCCCGUUGCAUGGCAUGCUUGCCAGCACGGAGCUUUUGCAGACUACGUCUUUGGACACCGCCCAACAAGAUAUGGUCGCCAUGGUAGAAACAUGUGGUCUCACGCUAUUGGACACAAUGAAUCACCUGCUUGAGUUUACGAAAAUCAACAACUUAACCCAUUUGCGCAAAAGAGGCGGUUCAAAUGGUGAAGGGAUGGAUAAUCUGUUGACCGAGUUUGACUUGGAUGAAAUCGUGGAAGACGUGACUGAUGCCUUGUACGCAGGCCACCGGUCUCUCAUUAAGGCUGCGAAGGUGGCCAGUCGCUACCUACCAGGUGGAUCUGCCGUAGGUAAUAGGCCUGCUGGUGCACCACAAUCGCAAACGGAUGAUCUGUCGGUGAUCGUUCGGAUUGAAGACUUGGGCUCAUGGCACCUGCAGUCACUCUCUGGUGCAUGGAGGCGGAUCAUCAUGAACAUCCUGGGGAAUGCAUUCAAAUUCACGAGAACCGGCUUCAUUGAAGUUUCCCUGGCGAAGAAGGUUGAAAGAUCCGGCUACACGAAGAAGACUCUAGCCCAACUUUCAAUCACGGAUACUGGCUGUGGGAUCUCGCCAGACUUCCUCGAACACCACCUCUUCAAACCAUUUGCGCAGGAGAGCAUUUUGACAGAGGGUGUUGGACUGGGGUUGAGUGUAGUGAAACAGCUGGUGACAUACCUGGGCGGCGAAGUGGAGGUAAAGAGUGAUGUAGGGAUUGGCACGCAAAUGGACGUGUACAUUCCCGUGGAUUUCGUGGAAGACGCCUCCGCAAUGGAUUGUGGUGCCCCGGGAACGCGGACGAUGACCCGGGUGUCUUUGGUGGGCCUCAAUGCAUACGCAGACCUCAAAGAAGCGCCAAGUGGUCUUUUGAGCACAGAAGCGAAGCGUAAGCUGUCGCUAAGAGGCGCGCUCAGCAAUGUGUUGCUGAGCCAGCCUGGGUGGAUGGUGUCUUUCGCCGAUCACCUAGACAAGGCCUCCGGAGAUAUUGCCGUCAUUGAGGAAUCUACUUUAAAAGCUCUCUCGGAAAGGGGGUUCGUCGACGUGAAUUUCAAGGCUGUUGUGGUUAUUGGCGAACAGGGCGUCACACUCCCCGGAGAAUUUGCCAUCAAAGGGGCUGAUGUCUUCUAUGUUCCUCAGCCGAUCGCACCUCGCAAGAUCUUGCAAGCCUUACAGCGGAUCACAGACUCGGACCAGGGGCUUUCGUAUGCGGAAAGCCCCAUUUUAGGGCCCCUUUCCGGUGUCCCGCUCCGAGGCCGGAGCUUGUCUGAUGCGUUUGCUAUGGCGAAGGGCACGGAAUCGCCGCCCGUGGUUCGAGAAAACGUGUCUGAAUUCGCACCAUCGCCUCCGCGAGAAUCUACCAGCAAGAACCUCCACGUCUUGAUUGUGGAUGACAAUGAUAUCAACCUUAAGAUCCUCGCUACGUUCCUACGAAAGAUUGGCUGCAGUUACGAAACAGCAUCCAACGGCCUGGCUGCAUUUGAAAAGUACAAAAGCUCUACCAAGCCUUUUGACUACAUCCUCAUGGAUAUCUCAAUGCCAAUUAUGGACGGGAUCGUCUCCUCGAGAAAGAUCCGCGAGUACGAAGAACAACAUUCGCUCCCACGAGCGGCCAUCAUGGCGGUUACCGGUGUCGCCUCGAGCGAGAUGCAACAGCAGGCCUUUGCAGCAGGCAUUGACGACUACUUGGUGAAACCUCUUUCACUUCACGACCUGAAACGAAUAAAUAUUGCAUGAUUUUACAUAUAGAUUCGGACGGGUGGCGUGAUACGGCGUUGACGGUUUUCAGCUACCAUACAUUCGUUUGGCGUUAAUCUCCUGGGUAAUUACUGGGAAUCAAUUACGUGACACGGCAAGUAUAGGGUGGAUAAGUGUAGACUCGAAUAGGAGUCAUGGUAUCUCAAAAUGUUCUCAUAUUUGGAACAGAGUAUCUAAAUAGAUUAUUGAAUCUGAUCAAAAAUAAUACAUAUCUUAAGUAUAACUGC